AUGCCGGCAACCAUGGCGCGUCAGAGUCUCCUGCUGCCGCUGGUCCUGGCCCUGCUCGCGCUCUACCUCCUGGCGCUGCCCCGCGACGCCCGGGCCCGGCCGGGGGAUCGCAAGGUCGGAGAGCGGCAGGACCUGUCGCCCAACGACCCGCAGGUGCGGAAGGCGACGCAGGCAGCCAUGGCCACCUACAACAUGGGCAGCAACAGCAUCUACUACUUCCGCGACACCACCAUCCUCCGGGCGCAGAGCCAGCUGGUGGCGGGCAUCAAGUACUACCUGACGGUGGAGAUGGGGAGCACGGCCUGCCGGAAGAAUGCCGUGGCUGGAGACCACAUAGACCUCACCACCUGCCCCCUGGCCGGAGGGGUGCAGCAGGAGAAGCUGAGCUGUGACUUUGAGAUCCUUAUGGUUCCCUGGCAGAACUCCUCCCAACUCCUAAAGCACGACUGUGUGACCCUGUAGUAGACCCCUGUGGGCUUGGGGGAGGGAGGGAGCGGGCGGGUCUGGGCAGGAGUGGGCAC